AUGUCCAUAUCAUCUUAUGGCACUGAUCCAACUGAGACAGCCGAAAUAUUAAUAGCAGAAAAUUCUUUGAUCGAUAAUAAAAUUGUACGCCAUCGUCAAACAAAAACAUGUACAAUAAGUGAAGAUUCAUCAGAUACUGAUCAAGAGCGAGAGCAAUCUUCACUAUUAAAAUUUCUAAUGAUUCCUACUUAUUUUCGUUAUUUGAAAAGAAAUUAUUUUUCUUCAUACAAUCAGAAUACAGUUUAUUCAUUAUUUCAUUUACCAAUUGGUGAUUCGAAAUAUCGUUACUCGACACGUUUUAUAAUGAAACGAGUUUGUCCGCAAACUCCACUACAAACAAUACUCUGUCUACUACUAUUUUGUGUAACUUCAUACAUAGUCUAUUCGUCAAUUAGUCUAUCGCCAGUUCUACAUCUUCUUGAUCCAUAUUCGUACGUUAUUAUUCUUGAUGCAGGAAGUACAGGUACUCGUGUGCAUGUCUACAAAUUUCGUUCUCAUCAUGAUAAAAUAUCCACGUAUGUUUUAAAAUCAGAAAUAUUUGAAGAACGUAAACCGGGUCUAUCUUCGUAUGCUGAUCAUAUUGAUAAAGCAUCAGCUCAAAUCAAUGAUCUAGUAACAAUUGCCGAUAAAUCCAUUAGUAAAUUUAAACAUCGUGCAACGCCUAUUGUUUUGAGAGCAACCGCCGGUUUAAGACUGUUGAAUGAAACAAAGAGCAGAGACUUACUACGAGCAGUAUCGCAUACGUUCGAUCAAUAUGGAUUCUAUCGACCAAAAAUGGAUAUUGCCAUUAUGAAUGAAACAGAAGAGGGAAUUGAUGCUUGGUUAACACUGGUAUAUCUAAAAGGUGAACAAUUUUAUUCGUCAAAAAUCGCUGCUCUAGACUUAGGUGGUGGUUCAACUCAAAUCACCUAUAAUCCAUCAUUAACCGAUACAUCUUUGGCAGUAAAAUUAAAUUAUCUUCUACGACAACAGCAACCAAAACAACCUCAACUUAUCAAUGCCUUUAGAGAAAGAGAUAAACCGGGUAAAAUGCCGAAUAUUGAUGUGAAUAGAGCGGGUCUAGAAGAAAUUAAACCCGAUCUAGUUCCCAAUCAUCGACCAAAAAUAAAAGAAAAAAAUCAUGUGGAAUCAAUGUCAACAGAAAAGAUAUUAAAUCGUGUCAAACGUCAAGAAAUACAAGAACCAAGAGAAGAUGAUGAAUCAUUAUUAUUUAUGUCAAAUAUGCAUCAAUUUCAAAUGUUUGGUCGAGAUAUUCAACUUUAUUCAAGAUCUUAUCUUGGCUAUGGAUUGAUGAUAGCGAGAGAAACAAUAUUUAUGAAUGAAACUAUUGAUGGACGAAAAAAAGAUUCAAAAAAAUCAAAUGAUUAUUAUGAGAAAUUAAUUCGAAAAGAGAAAUUAUUAAAAACACAUUGUAUGCCAAAAGAGAUUAAAGGUAAAUUUAAAUUUCAAGAAUUUUCCUGGCAAGUUGAAUCUCAUACUGAUCACAAUAGUGAAGAACAAUUUUAUCAGUGUAUUUCAAAAAUUGAUGAAUAUAUUGGAACAAAUGUUCAAAAAGCUGUUGGUCUUGAACAAAUGACUAUUUAUGUAUUUUCAUAUUUUUAUGAUGCAGUACGGGAUGCUGGUCUACUAUCAUCGGAAAAUGAUGAAAAAUCAACAAUAGUUACUCAAUUACAAAUUCGUACAUUAAAACAAACGGCAAAAAAUAUUUGUCGUGGUUCAACUGGUUUAUUAGAAAAACAUCCAUUUCUCUGUUUUGAUUUAACAUACAUGUUUUCAUUAUUAACUAAAGGCUAUGGAUUAUCGGAAGAUAUAAAUGUAAAUGUAUGUAAAAAAAUACAAGAUUUUGAAGUGGCAUGGUCAUUAGGUUUAGCAUUAAAAUUAUUAUAA